UUUCCAUCUGCCUCAUCUUCCAGUAGUAUAGCACAUUUACUGUUCACUUUGUAUGCAGACGAUUCCAAGGAGUCUGUCAGACUAUUGCCUUUAUGUAAAUGAAGCUGGCUUAGAAGAUGCCGUCAUGUUCCCGCCCAGCUAAACUUAGCUCUGUCCCAGUUACUGCCCCUGUGAGUGAAAGGGAAGAAGUUUAAACUGCAGCCACCUUGCUGAGAGUUACACACCAGCAUCUGUCAUUGUGCUGGGAGCUGCAAACAUGGUCUCAAGGCUCUCCCUCCUUCUUUUCUGUGGAAUUAUUGGGGCUCACCUUGGAGAUGCACAAAAGUUACCAAAAGUAAAGAAACUAAACAUGAAGGCCUAUAUUAACGUCACUGGGGACACACUCAUAAUGAGAUUUCACCGGCCAAAUCAGAAUAUAAAGCUGGAAGGUUUUAUUCUAGGAUAUGGUAGCAAUUACUUCUCAAACCAAUAUAUCCAAUGGCCAGACAAUGGGAAGUCAUACAUAACAGAUGUCGAUGCAGAGACCAGAUACUUGAUAGCAGUGAAGCCAAAUGACAACCCCAAAAAAUCCUGUAAAGAAAAAAAUUCCUUCCAAAAACCUCUACAGCUGGUCAUUGGUACACUGUCUCCCACAUCUGUCUUCCUCUCAUGGGGCAUACUAAUAAAUCCACAAGUAGACUGGUCUGCUCUCAACAAAUGUCCAAAUGACAGAUUUUAUACAGUUCGCUACAGAGAAAAGAAUAAGGAUUGGCUUUUCCAGCUGUGCCCAACAACUGAAACAGUAAUAGAAAACUUGAAGCCCAACACUGUAUAUGAAUUUGGUGUGAAGGAUAAUUCAGAGGAUGAAAUUUGGAGCAAGCCUCAAACUCAUAAGACAAGUCCUAAAGGUAAAGAAAAUGGCAACAUAGAAAACAACUAUAAAAUUCCAAAAGGCACCUUACAGUAUGCUACAGAAGACACAAAAGCAUUUGUUCCAGUAACCAAGGUGAAGCAAGGAUUUCAUAAUCUCACUAAAUCCACACCUCCACCAACUGGGAAAAGUCCAGUCUACAGGGGUGAAAUUAAGAAACCAUAUGUAGCAACAACUACGACAAGAAUAGCAACUCCAAAACCAAAGCCAGUUACUAAAAGUACAGAGGCUCCUCCAGUGUCAAAACCUUCAGAAAAACCUGCUGUUGAACAUCCCAAACCAGCAGUUUCAAGCCAACCUGUUGUGAAAUCUUUCACUCCAGAUUCAUCAACUGGUACCCUAGAAUGGGUCAGAGCAACCAUGGUAACCCAUCCUUUUUUCCAAGUCACUAAAAUACCAAUUGAAUCCUCUGCCAGAGAUGAACCCACAGCUUCCUUGGUUGUUGUAAAAGAAUCAGAUGGCACACAAGAUGAGUCUGCUGACAUGGCACCAUUGGAGCCUAUUCUUACUAUGGAUCCUUCAAGGGAUAAAUUGGUAUCCCCUACAAUCACGUUGUUUCCAUAUUCAAAGGAAAUUCCCUCUCAUCAACAAGAGAAAGCACUUGCAAAUGAGAGACUGGCAACUUACAUGCCUCAGGAUACGACUGUCCCACAGUUUAUACCUGGGCAUCCAUUAGCAACUGGUGUACCACAAGUGAGCCCUCUGUCCCCAAUAAAAAAAUACAUGACAACUUUAGCUACUACAAGACAAAUAAUCCCAGCUGUACAAAGCAACCUGCCUUCCCCUACACGAACACAAGCAACUACUGGUAAACUGGCAUUCACAGAAGUUCAGCAUAGUCCUACUUUAUAUGGAAGUAUUGCUAGGACUGAAGGACCUUAUUCUGUAUCUGUACUCACAGGGGGUCAGCAUAUUCCUACCUCAUAUGAAAGUAUUGCUAGGACAGAAGCACCUCAAUCUGUAUCGGCUACUUCAGUCCAACAAAGAACAAGGCCCCCUCGUACCCAAACAAAAACAACAAAGGUUUUCACAGGUGGUCAGCAUAUUCCUUCUACAUAUGAAAGUAUUGCUAGGACUGAAGCACCUCAAUUUGUAUCUGCUACUGCAACUCAAAUGUCUCCAGUCCAACAAAGAACAAGGUCCACUCGUACCCAAAUAAAAACAACCACGGCAUUCACAGGAAGGCAGCAUAUACCUUCUACGUAUGAAAGUAUUACUAGGACCGAAGCACCUCAUUCUGUAUCGGUUACUACAACUCAAAUGUCACCAAUCCAACAAAGAACAAGGCCCCCUCGUACUCAAACAACAGCAACCAUGGGAGGUCAGCAUGUUUAUACUACACAUGAAAGUAUUGCUAGGACUGAAGCACCUCAUUCUGUAUCUGCGGUUACAACGCAAAUUAUACCAGCCAAACAAAGAACUCUGCCCUCUCAUCCACGAACAAAAGUGACUACGGUUCCAAAUGAAACUGCAUCAUUUCACCCAAAACCUUUGCCUAGCACUGAAGGACAAAAUGCUGAAGCUGACAGCAAACAGCCAGGUUCUGAAAUAAGUAGAACUGAAGCACCGCACGCAUAUGAAGAAGAAAAUGUUACUUUAGCUUCCCAAGAUAAAACAGUUGUUCAGAAGUUUUCAUCAACUUCCAAGCCAAAAACCACAACCGUACAUAAGACAACAUCCAGACCUUUUACAACUAUUUCUUCCACAACUUCACAAUGGACGCAGUCAACACAGGCAUCAAAGAAAGCCACUGUGUCUCCGGUGCAGCAUAAAACACCAUUGCCCAAAAAGACACACCCUACAGCUGUUUUAAAGGACAUAGAUCCUACUCAGUUACUGGAAGAAACAACCACCACCAUGGCUCAAACCAAAACCCAAAAACUUAUUCCCAAAAAGGCCCACACUACAGAACUUCCAUCCUUUCCAGUUGAUCCUAGAACAACUCAUAGUCUUCCAACUGACGAUUUGGGAUAUGAUAUUUUUGAGCAUUCCAAGAUACCACUGGAGGCAAAUAAAACAGAAAAGGCUAGUUCCCCUAAAUUCAACAGAACUACAAAAAGUCCUACAAUAUCCACUGUGAUAAAACCAGUGCACACCAAAAAGAUGCCCAUUAACCUCAUUAGUCUUCAAAUAUUUGCGGAUCCAACUCUUCCCAGUGAAAAAACUGAGACACAAACCAUCUCACCUCCUAUUCCUAAAACAACUCAGUCAAAUAAAAUUUUAUACUCAAAACCUGCUCCAAAAUCAACACAGAGAGUACCUAUAAAUUUUAUUAGUCUUCAGAUCUUUGAAGAACCAGAUGCACCUUUGGUUCCUAAUACAACACAACGACUUUAUCAGCCCACAACAACACAAAAGCCUGAAAGUCCUCCUCAAACAAAGCCUGUUCCAACGCAAAAGGUUUCAUCGCAAACAACCAAAAAACCCAAACCAACUCGUCGGACAAAACCUGCUUCUACAGGUGCACCCAAGGAAACAGCUAAACCUAAACAACCACAUGUGAUUCAUGCAACUACGUUGGCGCCAUACAGAUUGCAGCAUAAUUCUUCCAGGCCCAAAACGUCACUCAGACCACGGACUAGACCUCCUGCAACCAAUGGAACUACUCAGGGACCAGUAAGAUCAAGACCUAAUGGGGAAUUCAACUGGCAACCUGGCACAAUACCAGGUGGAAGAGUACAUGAUACUACUACAAGGAUUCUUGGUGCUACCAGAAAUACUUCAAUGGAAUCAAACAACACUGGAAAAAGAACAUUUUCGGUAUCAUCACCACCUCUUCCACCUGUAAGGCCAACCUACAUACGUAGAAGAAUUCAACCAAGCAAUGUCACAGGAAGACCAGGGGUUUCAGUAUCUUCACCACCACAUCUUCCUGUUAAACCAACAACUAUACGUAGGAAGCCUCCAAGUGCCAAUGAAACAGGCAGACCAGGAAAUCAAGGGGGUAUUCUGAUACCACGUGCUUCUUCAGCUACCAAGCCUGAGUGUGCAGUUGCAUGUAUAAAGUCACCAACGAAGCAGCCAACUUUACCUGCUCAAGAGGAAGAUUUGGUGUAUUCCACAGUUUUCAGUCCAUCUCCAAAAUCAGAUAUUGAUGCUUUGGGCAAAACUAGAUACACAGCACCCCAUGUAGUAUACAUGAGCAAGAAUGAUUCUGUACCAUGCUCCAUCACAGAUACUCUCCAACACUUUUCCACAGAAGAGGAGAACCUCAACCAGGAGAUCACCAGUGCCCCUCAGAACCCUCCAACUAAUCUUACAGUGGUAACUGUAGAGGGGUGUUCAUCCUUUGUUGUUAUACAGUGGGACAAACCUAACAAUGAUACUGUGACAGAAUAUAACCUUAUUUCCAAAGAGAAUGGUGGAGUUCCUGGAAAAGAUGAAUCAAUCAUAACCACAAAUCAAACACAUUCUACAGUGGAAAACCUUAAACCAGAUACAAGUUAUGAGUUCAAAGUGAUACCAAUAAAUCCUCUUGGUGAAGGACCAGGCAGUGCAACAGUAGGAUUUAACACAGAAUCAGCUGACCCAAGAGUAAGUGAACCAGUUACAGGAGGAAAGGAUGCUAUAUGGACAGAAAUAAAAUUUAAAGCAGAUUCCUACUCAGAAUGUAGAGGAAAACAAUAUGUCAAGAGAACCUGGUAUAAGAAGUUUGUUGGCAUUCAGCUCUGUAACUCUCUCAGAUAUAAGAUUUACCUCAGCGAUACCCUCUCAGGCACAUUUUAUAACAUAGGUGAUCAGUCAGGAUUUGGGGAAGAUCACUGCCAGUUUGUAGACUCAUUCCUUGAAGGGAGGACAGGACAGCAGCUACAGCCCAAUGAGCUUGAACCAAAGAAAGGAUUUUACAGAGCUGUCCGCCAGCAGCCAGUUGACUUUGGGGAUAUUGGAGGCAGCUCACACAUCAGCUAUGUCCACUGGUAUGAAUGUGGAAAAUCAAUACCUGGAAAGUGGUAAGAAUGGUGAUACCACAAUGACUUCAUGGACUUGCCUGCAACAUCAACCCCAUCCGUCCUAUAGACAACAUGCUAGCUUCAAUCUACUCUCAUUACCUACUCGGUUCUACUAAUGUAAGAUAUGUAUUAAAUAGUUCUACAUGUUUCAAAGUUAACAGACUGCUUCCAUAUUUAUCAAUAUACAUAUAAGAAUAUUGUUUUCAUAGGAAAAAAAACUUCGGGAAGCUGGCUCCCUGUUUCUGGUAUUUUAAGAAAAGCAGUGUCUAUGUUAUUUAUCAAAAUGUUGUAAGAAAUAUUUUGAAGCAGAUUUUUAUCCAACUACAUUGUUUAACGAGCACGGUUAAAUGUUUCUCUCCAUCGUACCUUUCAUCUAGUGUCAUCAACGCUAUUUUUUUUAUUUAUUUCAUCAAGUGUCUGUCAUUUCAGUCUAUACAACCUUCUUAUCAUAUAACGGUAAAAGGAUUUUCUGUUUAUUAUCGUUGUUUUAAGACCUUGUAUUAGGAGUGAUUAAAAGAACACCUAGAAAUCACAUAGUAGCAUGCAUCUCCAGUGAUCCUCUAGAAAUCCCCAUCUCUGACCCCAAUCCUAGAUCUCCUCCCAGGAUCUGUUACAGCGUUGUGACAUUAGAUGGAUAGAUGGAAGACACAAAAAAGGCAGGUACUUAUAUAUGUUUAGACUCUGGUGCAAGAUUACAUUUUACUUUUGUGACUGCAGAUAUUUUAAAGUUAACAUAAGCAUGUGAUAAAUAGAUGUGUAAUUAACUUUUUACAGAAUGUACAGUAUAUCCAGUAUAGCUUUAUUCCAAAUGCAAUCUGGUUUUGUAUCUGAAGAGAGCAGUAUAUGAACCCUACAAUAAAGAUAUUGAACUUU